ACCAGCCCGCCAUGAAUGUUCUCCUCUCCAACGCCAAUCAUGGCUCCACGCCUGAGUUCCUUGAAAGCUGCCGUAAGGAAAACACCACAUCCCUCUCAAAGAUCAUUAAUUAGGCUACCGCUGGAAACUCGCAUUGAAGAGGAGACGUUACCUCACUACGACACUGAACAAUUCUACCCCGUGCAUAUAGGAGAUGAAUUCGAUGGAAGGUAUCGGGUUACCGGCAAGCUUGGUUUCGGUGCCUACUCGACUAGUUGGCUAUGCCAGGAUCUUCGAUAUGUGGCUGUUAAAGUCAAGAUAUUAACGCUGCUAACUUAGCUAAGAAACCAAAGGUAUGCUGUGCUGAAGGUGUCUACAUCCCUACGGAAGUUCCCCACCGCGACCGACCGUGAGUUCAAGAUUUACGAGCGCCUCGGGAAAAUUAAAUCGGCACACCAAGGACAAUCACUAAUCCGAGAGCUCUAUGACUCCUUCGAGCUCCAGGGCCAUGCGGGUAAACAUCGGUGCCUCGUCCUUCAGCCGAUGCACAUGACGCUCCUUGAGAUGAUGAGACUGAAUCCAAGACCGUUUGACCUACCCCUUCUCAAGAUGACACUGAGACGAUUAUUGUUGGCGCUUGAUUUCCUGCACACCGAAGCCGACAUUGUUCACACUGAUCUGAAGACCGACAAUCUGAUGCUCAGCCUAGAGGACAAUACAAUGCUUGCCGAUUUUGCAGAUGAAGAGGCUAGCCAGCCGAGUCCCCGUAAAAGGAUAGACGAAUCGCGCACCAUUUACCAAAGUCGACAGUUUCGCCGACCCUUCAGAGGGAAAAGCUGCGGCUUGCCUAUUCUUUGUGAUUUUGGGGAGGCAAGAAUCAGGAAGACACAGGAGUCCGGCCCUUUUGUACAGCCAAAUGUCUAUCGAGCUCCAGAGAUCAUAUUUGAGAUGGCCUGGGGAAGUGCUGUUGAUAUCUGGAACCUAGGGGCUCUGAUCUGGGAUCUCUUCGAAGGACAACAUCUAUUUGAGGAUAUUUUCGAUAGCAAUGGCAACCAUGAUCCGUUUAAGCACCUGGCAUUAAUGGUCGCAUUGAUUGGGCAACCGCCGGUUGAUUUGGUCCAGCGCAGUGAAACAAUAGGGCAGUGCUUUGAUCACAAUGGCACUUGGAUUGCUCACCAAGAUGCGGCUGUGCCGCCGACUUCAUUGGAAAGUCUAGAGAAGCGACUUUCUGGCGCCGAGAAGGAAUCUUUUCUGAAUUUUGUUGGGUCCAUGCUUAAGUGGCUGCCCGAAGAGCGCAAGACCGCGAGGCAGUUGCUUGACGAUCCGUGGCUGCUCUGAUCCCAACCAAUCUUAUUGUCCUUGGUAGCCGGGAUAGGAAAGCCCCAUCUGCCAGGCACUAUCUGGUCUUACCAGGAGGUACAUACUCUGUGCGGUUUAGGCAUAACUUGCCGAUCAACACCAAAUGAUGAGUAGAAUGGUGCUGUAAGAUACGGAGACCGCGAAGUAACGGCUCUCUGCUCGUAAUAUGUCAAUUUCUAAUUAUAAUGCGGA